UAAAUGCUAAGAAAACAUGCCGGAGUUAAAAAAAAAAUGACUUUUUGAUUACCUAACAUUAUAACUUACAGCUGCUGCAAUCUAAUGACAGCACAAAUUAUCAGCAAAGCGAUAAUACGCGUUACGACCUUGCUUGUUUAGUCGUAGUCCUCCAAGCAAUCCUGUUGCAGCCAGUGUCAGAAUGCCCCUUUGCAAUGGCAGGCUAUCUAUCGUUUAGUUAACAAGGAGGUGACCAACCUGAGGAACAACAGGAAGUGAAGAUUAUUAGACGCACGCACGAACCUGCGGACGGACCUCUUUGUCAGUAUAAAAGGACACCAUGUCCCACUACGAGGUUAAAGACUCUUUAGAAGAGGAAUUAAGUUGUCCAGUUUGCCAACGUCUUCUGUCUGAACCAGUGACCCUACCCUGUGGACACACAUUCUGUGAAGUCUGUCUUGAGGGGGCCGUGACUUCCAGGUCUCGUGAGGGUGGCUGGCACUAUUGCUCUGAGUGCAAAAAAGGGGUUCCAGGGCCUUGGCACCUUACCAAAGAACCUCAUGCUUUGUAGAAUCAUAGAAAGCUACAAAAAUGGCCUUGGGGAAGCCGCAUCUAAUUCUAUACCAAUGACCCAGCAGCAAAAGGGUAGUAAGAAACUGGACAUUCAGACUGGUGAUUCUUACACAAGCCAUCCUGAUCUUGCAUCAGAUGAGGGUCAGAAAAAUAUAGCCCAACUAGAAGUGUCACCCUCUGCUCCACUGGAAGAUAUCGAAGUGGGAGCAGGACUGGACCCCAGGUCAGCCUGUCACGCAGAUGAGCCCGCUUUGAAACUUGAAACUAAUGAGGGCAGAAUCAGACUGUCUGGCCUGGCAGAAAAUCUCAGGAUCAAACUGGCCACUACCGAGGUCCUGUUAUUCAAAGAGACAGAGAAACAGGCAGAGGCCAGAGCUGUUCAUGAUGGUCUCCGGGAAAAGAUCGCUGGAUUGCUUCAACAGAUGAGCGACAUGGUUGAGAAGUACACCAUGAUUGGAACAGAGCUGAUUGAGGCCCAGUUUCAGCCUGUAGAAGAGGCCAUGGACAGGCAUGUCAAACAUGUCUCUGACUUCCUCUCUCAGUUGAAAGACGUGCAGCUUCAAGUCAGUGGUCUUUUAGAGGAGCAAGAUAGAGCCAAGUUCUGUCAAGGCCUCUCGACGGUUGAACCUAUGAUCACAAGGCUUGUGGGAGUUCCUUUGCAAGAAAUGAUAAAAGAUCCAGAGGUCACCUCCCCAAACUUGGCAGGAGCUUGUUCUGAGCUGGAACUUCAGAAUGCUCAGCUCCGGGUAGAACUUGGUUCGGCGCAGAGAGCACUGCGGAACCUCCUCAACCCGUCAGAGGUGACUUUUGACCCGGACACAGUCCACCCUAGCCUUGUCCUCUCCGAAGACCUGAAGACGGUGAUGUUCAGCCCCAUCAAACAACCUUAUCCCUCACACACUAAGAGAUUUACCAACUUCCUGCAGGCCCUGAGUUCCCAGUCCUUUGGGGAGUCACUCGGGGUGGCUGGAGGGGAACACUGCUGGGAGCUGGAGCUUGAAAACUGCUCCUGGAUUGUGGGCAUGUGUUGUGGAGGGUUGCCCCGCAGUGGGGUGGGCAGUGCCCUGGAGAGCUGUUCGGGCUGCUGGUCCCUAAUGUACUGUGAUAACCUGCUGAGGGCAUAUGAGAAUACAAAAGCCACGCAGCUCAAACGCACCACCUCUCUGCGUAGAGUUCAAAUACACGUCAGUUUCAACAAUCAAUCCGUGUCAUUUUAUUCUGUCAGUAAUCUUGACACUACCAAGACGCUCCUCCAUACUUUUGAAGUUGCCUUCACUGAGCCGGUGUAUUUGGCUAUUAGGAUGAUGUCUGGUCAACCAAAGGCACGCAUUACUGUGUGUUAACUUUAUUAACUCACAUACUUUAUUUAAGCAUACAUAUUUAAGGUUAAAUCAAUUUAUUUAAUCUAUUUCAUAAAUAUGAAUAUGUAAUUUAUGUAAUCAAUAAAAAUGGUCAAAUAGAAAAGA